UUUAAUAGCAUUAACUCAGAUGUCAUUGCCCAAAGCGUGAAAUAAAACAGCAUCUGUUUAGCCUCAGUUUGGGCAGAACAAGUCAUUCAUACCUGCGGCCUGUGAGAUAUAUGGUAGAUUAUUUCUCUUUAACGCCGCAGUUGCGUGAUGUCGAGCCGUUUUUUCUCAGCUCAAGGCUCCGUGAAACAGUUUUCUUUUUUUUGUCAUCUUCCUGCAAAAAGGGGGUUUCUCCUCAAGGUCAUUCAGUGUAGCUUAUGAAACCUAAGAUCUGCUCUCAUGAUUUACCCAUCGCGCUCGUCAGGAUGGGUUUCAUGACGCGCAGGUGGUGGACAUUAAAGGCUGUGGUUUGCACUGAUUUUUUUUUUUUUUUUGCCCUGCAACACACAUUUGUGCUGUUUGUUGAGGAAGGCCUGAGCCAAUGCAGUGCUCUCUGUGGUGGAGCUGUCCAGCCCGCUGUCAUGCUGCUGCUGCUGCUGCUGCUGCAGCAGAGAAGAGGACCAUAUGUUGGUCCCAAAGUGGUGGACAUUCCCACACAGUAUUCAGAUAUGCAAAUAAUAUUCUGCUGUCUCAUUUGUUAAAUUAUGGAUUGAGAAUUUACGCAUUCUGUGGCACUUUAUGUCAUCUGCCACAUCAUGAGUCAAUAAUUAAUGAAUCUGGGGCUUCUGACGUGGAUGCUCAAGUUGUCAUGAUGCUACUGAAGGCCUUCAGUGUGGAUAACAAACUAAUCCAGGCUGUGGAUUUCUUAUUGCACACAGCUGGCUUAAACACUAGAUUAUAUACGCUCAAUUAUGCGCUCUAUACCCCAAUGAUCCAGAUUAUAUAGCAGGCCUACUGUGUGCUGCAUGUUGCCCUCGCUCCUGUCUCUGGAUUUGCUGCAGCAGUGCCUCUCGUACAACCGAGCAGUGGCUUUGUUGUCAUUGUCGGGGUUAUAGGACAGUGUUCGCAGUGGAAACUUGAUAGCAGCGAUCGAACAUUUGAUGAACUGGAUCUGAUCUGACAGUGAUGAUCCAGGAACCAUGGGAAAGCAGAACAGCAAGCUGACUCCCGAGGUGAUGGAGGAUCUGGUGAAGAACACAGAGUUUAACGAACACGAGCUGAAGCAGUGGUACAAAGGCUUCCUGAAGGACUGCCCCAGUGGCAGGCUGAAUCUGGAUGAGUUCCAGCAGCUUUAUGUCAAGUUCUUUCCAUAUGGCGAUGCAUCAAAAUUUGCACAACACGCCUUCAGAACCUUUGACAAAAACGGAGACGGGACCAUCGAUUUCCGAGAGUUCAUCUGCGCUCUGUCCAUCACAUCUCGCGGCAGCUUUGAGCAGAAACUCAACUGGGCCUUCAACAUGUAUGACCUGGAUGGUGACGGCAAAAUCACCAGAGUGGAGAUGCUGGAGAUAAUCGAGGCUAUCUACAAAAUGGUGGGCACUGUGAUCAUGAUGAAGAUGAACGAGGACGGUUUGACACCAGAGCAGAGGGUGGACAAGAUCUUCAGCAAAAUGGAUAAGAACAACGACGACCAGAUCUCGUUGGAAGAGUUCAAAGAGGCGGCGAAGAGCGACCCGUCCAUCGUGCUCCUGUUGCAGUGUGACAUGCAGAAGUGAGCCAGUCACUGCUCGCUCCUCUCCCCGUCUGUAUCCACACACUCUGGACAGCAGCACACGUUUUAAUGUCUCAUUAGGUUCUCUGCCAUUUCCACAGGAAAAAAAAACAAACAAACAAUGCUUGGACUAUUUUUCAAUGGACUCGCUUCUUGUGGUUGUAUGCAUGAGAAUGUCAAAUGCUGAAUAAUUUUGAAUAUAGCUAUAAGAUAUCAUACAUUUCUAUUUCAAAACAUGCCAGUGUGAUUUGUGCACAGUAACCCUAUACAUUCUCAUUCAACCCUAGCUUGUAUAUCAGUGGAGCACUGCGUUAAAUUAUGUUCCUGCAGUAUUUAGGAUCCCCAGUGUUCACUGCUGCAACUACUGUACGCUUUACAUAAUAGUAACAAAACAAUAAUUCCUAUGAUAAUUGUAACUGUCUCUACUAUCCAGACUUGUAGAGCUCUUGGAGAAUAGAGAGGCUCCUGUCUGUUCCAGAUGUUUUCACAUGAUGGAACCAAGAAGAGUAGGUUCUUUGCAUGCAUAUAUUAUGUGUCAAAAAAAAAAUAUAAUCCUUAACCCUUUGCAUCUCUAGGUGGUUAUAAAAGAGAAACCCUGCGAAAUUCAUUUAGUAUUGUUGCAUGGGAUGUACAGUAUGUGACUCAUCAGACCAUUAGUUCACCUCCAGUAAUGUGGGAGCAUGCUUCCCUCCAUUGAUAACACGUGUAUGUGUGACACUUGAGUUUUUGAAGGAUUUUUGGGUUGCAAUUGUGGGCUAAUCUCCAAGAAAGAGCUUUCACAUAAACAUCGUAUUAUAUUUUGCUUCUGGGAUGAGCAGAAAUACGUUUAUAGAGCACCAUUCCCGCAUGAUUCUGUUGUACUGCUGCCGCUUAAUCUAGAGGAAAAGCCAAAAUCCCAGCUGUUGGCACAGUACUCGUGCAUUAUUCCCCACAACGAUACAAGAUUGGCUGCAUUUUUCAGGCUGCUUAGUUGAUUUAGACUUAAACAACUUCACACAGUACAUAUCAACAUGUUUACAGAAAUGAAGAGCACUGCAAAAUGAGUACAUUCUUGGCUUUUGACCUUUGAUGCUGGGAGCUCACUCUCUAGGCCGGGGACCUUGUGAGAGGGGCUCCACUUCCAAAGCAGCAGAAAAAAAAGGGGGAAAAAAGCCUCAUAUAUGUUUACUGGAUACACUGCAUUCCUACUUAUAAAACUUUUUUGUAAGGAGAAACUUUUUAUUGAAAGGUCUCAUCUUCUUAUCUAUUCCGUUUGCAGCAAUCAUUAAUAUUGCAGGACCCUCCAGAGAGGUGCUUGAUAAAGCUUUUGAAAGAGCGUUUCAGUGUGAGUCGGCGACUUGCUGGUGAUGUAGGUUAAAACGAUUUGCGGAAAUUCUCUUUCAACAGUUUUGCUUCCCCUAUUUUUAGGCUAUGCAAGCAUGGACUGAGUGUCUGCUUGUAGUCCACUUACAGGAGUGGAGGUUGCAGAAGCUUUUCACUGUUCUGUCUAUAGCAUAACUGAAACCAACCCACACAUUAUUAUGUCUGUAUUAUUUAUACAUUUCAGUCCAGUCACCAUGUCGGAUUCUUUGUCUAGUAAAUGUUUAUAUCAAAUAUGAAAAAUCAUAAUACAAGUGACUGUAUUCUUUUAUACAUGUGGCAUGUGUUGCACCCAAAAUUAAUUCUGUAGUGAUUAAAAUGAAUAAACCAUCA